AUGACACUGAAGACAUCAUCGACACUCGGCAUUUACGACUACAUUAUAUUCAUAAGCACCCUAGUCUUCAGCACACUUAUAGGAAUUUACUAUGGUUGCUUUGGAACGAAACAAGCUACAACCAAAGAAUACCUUAUGGGAGGCAAAAACAUGAAAAUUAUUCCCAUAGCAGUAUCAGUAGCAAUAAGUCAUAUUUCUGGGUCUCUGCUCAUCGCAACUGUGUCAGAGGUGUACAGAUACGGAGCUAGCAUGUGGUUAUUCAUCGUAUCCUACGUCAUUAUGGGUCUUCUGGCAAUUUUCAUUUAUCUUCCAGUCUUUUUCAAAGUCCAGAUGACCAAUAUUUACGAAUACUUGGAAAAGAGAUUUGAUAAAAGAACGAGAAUUAUGGCUUUUGCGAUUUAUCUUCUCUCGGAAAUUAUUAUGUUCCCGAUUAUGGCGUACGCGCCAUCGUUGACUUUUGCCAUAGCUAGUGGAAUGAACCCUUCAUGGUCUGCUUUCGUCUUGUGUCUUAUUUGCGUUUUUUAUACCUCAAUAGGUGGUUUCAAGACUGUAGUUUGGACAGACUUUCUUCAAUUUGGGGUCAUAAUGAUAUCUCUUGUCACAUUGUACGUAAUAGGCCUUAAUGUAUCUGGAGGAUUUUCAACUGUUUGGAAUAGAGCACUGGAGGGUGAAAGACUACAAGUCUUCAACUUUAACGUUGAUUUUACAGCAAGAGAUAGCUUCUGGGGUUAUGUAGCGUGUGGUCCAACAGUCGUGGCGGUAGUUAUCGUACACCAAACAGGAGUUCAGAAAUUUUUAAGUUUACCAAAAUACAGAGACUGUGUAUGGUCUGUUAUCCACACUGUAUUCAGCAUAGCUUUAAUACACACCUUCUGCGUUUUCAUCGGUUUGGUAGUUUAUUCUCAGUACAAAGACUGUGAUCCUUUAACUAGUCACAUGGUAUCAAAACACGACCAGUUAUUUCCUUACUUUGUAGCAGAUAUUGGUCGCCGUUUCCCAGGUGUUUCUGGUCUUUCGUUGGCAGCUCUUUGCAGUGCAGCUCUCAGUUCUAUGUCUUCAAACCUGAACGCCCUCUCUGGUGUUAUUUACAAAGACGUGGUGUGUCGGUUUUUAAAGGAGCAACCAUCAGAAAAAAAGGGCAGCGAUAUUUUAAAAAUCAUAGUCCUGGUUGUUGGUUUCUUGUGUACCUGCUUGGUCUUCCUAGUGGAACGAAUAGGAGGAGUAUUUAAUAUCAGUUUAUCGGUUGUAGAGCUUACUCAAGGACCCUUGUUAGGAGUUUUCUCUUUGAGAAUUCUUUUCCCAAAAGCAAAUCACAAAGUAUAUCAUUUUCAGUGUUUCAAAAAAUAUAUAAUUUUUUAAAGGGUGCCUUCUAUGGUGUACUGGGGGGUUUGAUCAAGUACUCCACGAAACCUCUCUCGACGAGCGGUUGUACCCUAUUGAACGAAACUUUGAGUGCUUUGAAUACAACGUUAAACCAUGAAACUCCACUGGAACCCAAUGUGAUUUUUAGGACGAUGUUAUAUUAUUAUGCGUUAAUCGGAACCAUCAUGACUUGGUUUGAUUAUUAUUAGUUUUUUCACUACGGGUUCUCCAGUUGAUAAGGACCUUCUAAGUACAAUGACAUCGUGUCUGUGUAAAGCAUCUCAAGACAAUGAAGAUGAAGUGUCAGACCGGAACACUGAAGCGGCGUUGGAACUUCUUAGUCAGAAGCA